AGGUUUUCGACUGCAGAUCAGUAACAACGACAACAGGAAUGUUUGAAGCCAUUUGUAAUCACAUCAAAUACAGCACAAAUAGAGGAAAUAUUAGAUCAGCAAUAACGAUAUUCCCACAAAGGACAGAUGGGAAGCAUGACUUCAGAGUCUGGAACAAUCAGCUGAUUUCCUACGCUGGAUACAAAAAUCCGGAUGGUACUAUUACUGGUGACCCCAUCAAUGUUGAGUUCACUGAAGUAUGCGUGAAACUCGGCUGGAAACCGAAAUUCGGCAACUUCGAUAUACUGCCACUUGUGCUGUCGGCAAAUGGCCAUGACCCCGACUACUUUGAUGUGCCUCUUGAACUUGUCAUGCAAGUCGACAUCAUCCAUCCGACAUACGAAUGGUUCGGCGGUCUGGGCCUGAAGUGGUACGUGCUGCCCGCCGUGUCCGGGAUGAUGUUCGACUGCGGCGGGUUGCAGUUCACGGCGGCGCCCUUCAAUGGCUGGUACAUGAGCACUGAAAUAGGCUGUCGCAAUCUUUGUGACACGCAUCGAUACAACAUGCUAGAGCCAGUUGCCCAGAAAAUGGGUCUCGAUACGAGAACACCAGUCACUCUGUGGAAGGACCGAGCUCUAGUGGAAGUCAAUGUGGCCGUGCUACAUAGUUUCCAGAUGCACAACGCGACAAUAGUGGACCACCACACAGCAUCCGAGUCGUUCAUGAAGCACUACGAGAACGAACAGAAACUGCGAAGGGGUUGCCCGGCCGACUGGGUGUGGAUUGUCCCUCCCAUGUCCGGCUCCAUCACCCCCGUCUUCCACCAGGAGAUGGCGCUCUAUACGAUCCAUCCCGGGUAUGAGUAUCAGGAUCCCGCCUGGAAAAUGCACGUCUGGAAAAAGGGCCGGGAAGGAUCAAAAGCGUUGAAGAAACCCCGACGAAAAUUCCAUUUCAGACAAAUUGCAAGUGCCGUGAAGUUCACAUCAAAAUUGUUUGGAAGCGCUCUGUCACGAAGGAUAAAAGCGACGAUUCUGUACGCAACUGAAACUGGAAAGUCUGAAAACUAUGCGAAAAGAUUGUCAGAGAUUUUCGGCCACGCCUUCCACUCACAAGUGCUGUGUAUGGAAGACUAUGAUAUAAGUAGUUUAGAGCAUGAAGCACUAUUAUUGGUUGUGGCAUCCACAUUUGGAAAUGGAGAUCCCCCCGAAAAUGGACAGGCCUUUGCUCAAAAUUUAUAUGCAAUAAAAAUGGAUGACGCUGGAUUAGAAAACGGACAUCAAACAAAUAACCACCUGAAUAUGGCGUCUUCAGCAUCUUUCAUCAAAGCCAACAGCCAAUCGGAUCAGGUGCUGGAGAGAACUGACUCCUUGAGAGAUUCUCUCACAGAUGCCGAUGUUUUCGGUCCUCUCAGUAACGUCAGGUUUGCAGUUUUUGCACUGGGCUCGAGCGCUUACCCGAACUUCUGUGCAUUUGGCUCGUACGUGGACAAUCUUCUGGGAGAGCUGGGAGGGGAGAGACUCACCAAGUUGGCGCGGGGGGAUGAGAUGUGUGGUCAGGAGCAGGCCUUCUGCAAGUGGGCUCCUGAAGUUUUCAAAAUUGCUUGCGAGACAUUCUGCCUGGACAGUAGUGACACACUGGAGAGGAUGACCAUGGGCUCAGAAUUGUUGACGCCUUCAACUGUUCGCACUGUCAAAGCAAAAGACGCAGAGGAACUGGAAAAAGCACUUUCCCGCGUACACAACCGCACCGUCUGGCAGUGUCCGCUGCUGGAGAAACACAACCUGCACGGCAGUGCGUCGUCCCGCACCACCCUGCUACUGAAGGUGCGCAUUGAGCCCACCCUCGCCUACGAGCCGGGUGACCACGUUGGUGUACUCGCCUGCAACCGGCCCGAGUUGGUGGACGGCACCCUCGCGCACCUAGAGGGUAACUUCGACCCCGACCAGCCCAUCGAGAUACAGAAGCUCAAGGAGACGCACACUUCCACAGGAGUGACACGCACCUGGGAGUCAUACGAACGCCUGCCGGCGUGCUCGUUACGCACACUUCUCUCUCGCUUUGUGGACAUCACCACUCCCCCCUCACCAUUCCUGCUCCAAUUCCUCGCCACUUGUGCCUCGGACCCGCGCGAAAAGGACCUACUCAAUCUGCUUGCCAACGAGCCAGCUGCCUACGAAGACUGGAGACACUGGAGGUUCCCGCACCUGUUGGAGGUUCUGGAGGAGUUCCCCUCAGUGCGGCCCCUCCCCGGCCUUCUCCUGGCUCACCUGAAUCCCCUCCAGCCCCGCUUCUACAGCAUCUCCUCCGCCAAGGUCGUCCAUCACAAUCAAAUCCAUCUGACUGUAGCCGUUGUAUCCUAUCGCACACAAGAUGGAGAAGGACCCGUCCAUUAUGGUGUAUGUUCGAAUUACCUUCUAGAUGCUAAAGUUGGGAGUGAUAUCUUCUUGUUUGUGAGGAGUGCUCCAAAUUUCCACCUGCCAAGCGACAGUAGGAGGCCGAUAGUGUUGGUAGGCCCAGGCACAGGAAUCGCCCCCUUCAGAGGGUUUUGGCAACAGAGGAGGGCUGAGAGGAAACUAAAAAGUCCAAAUAGCAUUGGCAAGAUGACUCUAUUUUUCGGGUGUCGCCUACAGUGCCUCGACUUGUAUGAGGAUGAGAAGGCUGACAUGGUGCGGGAGGGAGUUCUCGAUCAGGUCUUCUUGGCGCUGUCUAGGGAGCCCAAAAUAAGAAAGACUUACGUUCAAGACUUGAUGUUAGGAGAGUCGAGAACACUAUUCAGCUACAUAGUGCGUGAGUCUGGUCACUUCUAUGUGUGCGGCGACUGCACCAUGGCUGAGCAUGUCAAUCGGACACUCAAACAAAUCAUACAAGAACAAGGAGGCAUGUCCAGUCAACAGGCCGAAACCUACAUGCUGAAGAUGAGGGAUGAGAACCGUUACCACGAGGACAUCUUCGGUAUCACCCUGAGGACAGCCGAGGUGCACAACCGCUCCCGGGAGUCCGCUCGCAUCAGGAUGGCCUCCCAGGCGAAUCCUUAG